AUGCGGAACCGGGCCAAGCGGGCGCAGCGGGGCGCCCCCAGCCUCUGCGUCACCAGCACCUCCCCGCGUCGCCGGAAAGUUUCAGUUUGGUUUUUGUGGGAGCUGGUGGUGGAGGAGGACACCUCUGGCCUUUCCACAGUGGGCAGUCUGCGUCCAGGAGGUAGCAGCACAGGCCUGAACCCCAUCCAGCCGAGCACCUAUCGCCAUUCCGUCAGGCAGGUAUUGUGUCCUGGCGUCACAGAAGAGGAAACUGAAGCUGAGUACAGAGCGUCAUGGCGGACAGAGCAGGUCCAGAAUGGGCCUCUGAAGCUAAAAGGUGUUGCAGAGCUCAGCGUGACCAAACGGAAGAAGAAAAAGGAGAAAGACAAGGCGAAGCUGCUGGAAGUGAUGGGGACGAGCAAGAAGAAGGAAGAGAAGCGGCGGGGCCUGGACAAGCGGACCCCGGUCCAGGCGGCCUUCGAGAAGAUGCAGGAGAAGCGGCAAAUGGAAAGGAUCCUGAAGAAAGCAUCGAAAACCCACAAGCAGAGAGUAGAGGACUUCAACAGACACCUGGACACUCUGAUGGAGUAUUACGACAUCCCCAAAGUCAGCUGGACGAAGUAGCCUCCUGGCUCUGGGUGUGGGGCGGCACCGAGGGGAAGCAGAAGGAGAUGCCAGGGUCAUGUUGGGCCCCUUUGUCGUUUUCUAGAAAUACUUUU